AAAUAGGCUACUUAAAUAUGCCUACACGUAAUGUUCCUACAGAAAAUAAACCAGAAAACUGUCUGUAUCGUCUCCACAGACACACUCUCAUAACAUUGAUAUGCUAUGGUUUAUUUAUAUUUAAAAGACUGUACAAAUAAAAAAAAAAAAACAUUUGCACACCACAGUUCCCAAAGUAAUACAGAAAAAAGAAACAUAAAUAAUCAUACAAAGUAUAAUUUAGAAAAUAAUAAGAAAUAAUUCACCAAUUAGUUCCUGUUGGCUACUUAUUUGAGUAUUCAAUAAGGAUUCUAGUGCUAUAGAAAGCGGUUUGUUUUUCAUCUUAAAGUUAGAAUAGGUUCUCUGUCUUCGUCUUUCAUUGGUGUUUGCUUCUUUAUAGUUAAAUAUAGUUAUUAAAUAGUUAUGCAUAGGCUACGGGGCUUGCUUAACACCUGAUUAUAGCAAAUGGCUUAUUUUGAUAGUUAAAAUACAAUUAAUGAAAACUAAUAGUAAUUAAAUUAAGAACUUUAUCUUUUGUUUUCUACCUUUCUGAUGUGUUUUCUGUAAUAAUCGUUUGCCUUUUAUAAUAUAAUAUUAAAACCAUGGAGGUAGUAAUGCUGAUGUGUUACCGACAGAGGGUGACACACUCCAACACUGUUGGAAACCGGAAGUAAACACUUUUCGUCAGCACCGGUUCAGUGUUUUGCUGAAAUCUUAUCGUGAAGCAACAAUCCCGACAUGUUCAAGUGGCCGAGACCUUUUAAAUGAAUGCAAACAUCUAAUUUGGAGUAAAUUGAGGCUGGGCUGAAACGUACUGCGCUUCAUAAACGGCGGUCACCUGACCGCGGGUCAGCUGACCUCAAAGUCCGCCUGGUUCCUCUCUGCAGCAGACCCGACCAUGAAGAAGAACAAAGCCAAGGCGAGCGGUGCGGUGGAGCGGGACCUUGUGUUUGGGUUCAAGGCGGGCCAGCACCAGUGUGAGCUGAAGGUUCCUCUCCAGUUCCCCGUGAAGGACAACGUCAGCGACCUGCAUGGCCGCCUGAUGCUGCUGCACAAGAUUCCCUGCUUCGUGGAGGACGAGCUCCGGAGUUCGCUGUCGUCCUUCGUGGAGACAAACAGCAUCCGGGACUACGACCGGGAGGCGGAGCUAGCCCUGAGUCGACUGAGCUCCGGGGACACUGACAUCAACGGCCUCACCAACGCCUGGGCCAAGGCCUACGCCGAGACGUCCCUGGAGCACGCGCGCCCCGAGGAGGCCAGCUGGGACGAGGACUUUGCGGAGGUGUACCACGAGCUGAUCCACUCGCCCGCCUCGGAGACGCUGCUCAACCUGGAGCACAACUACUGCCUCAGCAUCGCCGAGCUCAUCGGGGAGAGGGACAUGGAGCUGAAGCAGCUGCAGGAGAGACAGGCCUCAGAGAUGACCAGUGUGAUGCAGGAGCUGGGAAACACUCUGAGCGACCAGGACGUCAACACCGUCGCCUCGCAGCACUUUGAAGCUCGGCAGGUGCUGGAGAACCGCUGGGCCAGCGAGCUGAAGCACAUGUCAGAGAUCCAGAAGAAGGAGUACCAGGAGUGGGUCAUCAAGCUGCACCGCGACCUGCAGAGGGCCUCCAACAGCAGCAAGAUCAAUGAGGAGAUCAUGAUGCAGCCCAGCCAGAUGGAGGACUCUGAGGCCGGGGCGCCUCUGUACGAAGAGCAGCCUCUUCUGGAGGAGAGCUUCACCAUCCACCUAGGAGCCCAGCUGAAGACGAUGCACAACCUCCGUCUCCUGCGCGCUGACGUCCUGGACUUCUGUAAGCACGGGCGCCACGGCCGGGGCGGGGCCAAGCUGCGGCGGCUGCAGACGGCGCUGUCGCUGUACUCCUCCUCGCUGUGCGGCCUGGUGCUGCUGGUCGACAACAGGGUCAACUCCUACAGCGGCAUCAAGAGAGACUUCGCCACGGUGGCGGUGGAGUGCACAGACUUCCACUUCCCUCGGGUAGAGGAGCAGCUGGAGGUGGUGCAGCAGGUGGCGCUGUACGCCCGCGCCCAGCGCAGCAGCAAGCAGAGGGAAAACCCAGGUGGAAACACCACCGCUAAGGUCAAGAGGAACGGCGCCGAGGACAAGAACAAACAUCUGGAGCGGAACCCUUCCAACAUCGUACCAGGUGAGUUCUACAUCUCCCGCCACUCCAACCUGUCGGAGGUGCACGUGGUGUUCCACCUGUGUGUGGACGACCACGUGCGCCUGGGCAACAUCACAGCCCGGGACCCCGCCAUCAUGGGCCUGAGGAACCUUCUGAAGGUCUGCUGCACCCACGACAUCACCACCAUCACCAUCCCCCUGCUGCUGGCCCACAGCAUGUCAGAGGAGAUGACCAUCCCAUGGUGUCUGAAGAGAGCCGAGUUGGUCUUCAAGUGUGUCAAAGGCUUCAUGAUGGAGAUGGUCUCGUGGGACGGUGGGAUCUCCCGCACCGUCCAGUUCCUGGUGCCCAAGACCAUCUCUGAUGAGAUGUUCUACCAGCUCAGCAACAUGCUGCCUCAGAUCUUCAGAGUGUCCUCCCCCCUGACGCUCACCUCCAAGCACUGAGGAACCAACAAUCCCCGGAGGAACCACCACCCAACACCACCUCUGGAGGAACCACCACCCAGCACCACCUCUAGAGGAACCACCACCCAACACCACCUCUGGAGGAAUCACCACCCAACGCCACCUCUAGAGGAACCAACACCCAACACCACCUCGAGAGGAACCAACACCACCUCUAGAGGAACCAACACCCAACACCACCUCUGGAGGAACCACCACCCAACACCACCUCGAGAGGAACCAA